AUGCCGACUUCUCUAGCUGAUGACCCUCCAUCUAAAGAAGAGGCUGAGUCUACUCCUGACAGUGCAAAACGUGUUGACCGUGUCCCUCCAAAUGGGGGUGCGAAAGCAUGGGCAUGUGUUGCCGGAUCCUUUCUCUUGCAAUUCUGCUCCUUUGGCUAUGUGAAUGCUUGUGGCGUUUUUCAGUUGUACUAUCAGCAAACUAUGUUCAAGGAACAAGGCUCAUCAGCUUUAGCCUGGAUUACAACCCUCCAGAUAUUUUUGCUCUUUUUGUUUGGCCCGGCGGUUGGGAAGUUGAUUGACGUGUAUGGAUGUCGGAAGAUGCUUCCCCCUUUCAGCAUCAUGGCAGUCUUCGCCGUCUGCAUGCUUAGCCUCUGCAAGGAAUACUGGCAAGUCAUGCUGGCCCAAGGCGUUGCUUUUGGAUUUGCUGCUGCUGGAUUAUCUCUUCCCGCGAUGGCCACGGCUACACAGUGGUUCUCAACUAAAAAGGGCCUUGCGGUUGGAAUUGUCUCCGCUGGUAGCAGCCUUGGGGGAAUCAUCUACCCAUGUAUGCUUCCUCGGCUAAUUGAAGAGGUCGGCUUUGCCUCAGCCGUUCGCUGGACUGCCCUUAUGCAAGGGAUACUCCUGAUUGCUGCCAACGUUCUCUGCUCUUCGCCCUUUCCUCCUCUAGGCAAAGACUGCAGCCGAGAAGGAUAA